AUGUCUGUUAAGUUUGUGGGGGUUUACGGUAAAUGGGAUGUAGACAAAGAUGGAGUGGGCGUAAUAUAUUGCGCCGAAUGUAAGAAUAGCACCGAAGGGGUCAAAGUUAUCGCAACAUUCAAGCAAUGUAUUGGUGCCUACCCUACGGGACAGGAGAUCAAUAAGCAGGGUGACCAGCUUAAGGCUAAGGGCACCGAUACGUGUAUCACUGAAUUUAAUAAAUACAUAGACUCGACAAAAGGCAAGGAGGACAAGGAUCAGGAUAAACUGAAAGCAUGUGCUCAAUCAUUGUUCAAGGCAAAUGAAUUUUAA